GUUAGGAUUCUCUUCAGCUGGGAAAGAGGAUCAACUUUAAGUUUGCCUGAGGAUCACGAUGUUGCCUUUCGGAUUGUGACGUAAUAAUAGGUGCACAGAGAGGUCGAUUGCAUCCGCUAAGAUGAGCGACCGCGAAAGCAAUCUUGAAGGCACCGCCGCGAACUCCUGGCGGUUCGCGAUUCUUCUGUCAAGGUUUGUCUUAUCAGCGUUGCAGCAAGGAAUGUUGAAAUCGCUCGGGUUAAUCAUGCCGUAUCUUGUCACCAGGCUGGACUCUUCCUAUGAGACGAUCGGGUUGAUCCUCUCCAUGGAGUACGCCGUUUUCUUGAUGACAAGUCCAUUUGUACAUCUACUGUCGAGGAGAUUCGAACCCAGAGCCUUAGCCAUUAUCGGAGCUAUUCUGUCAUCAGUGUGCAUCAUGAUGUCCGCGGCCGUGUAUUCAGUCUGGAUCGUUUGGUUAUUAUUUAUUGCAGCAGGUGCCCUUUCAUCUCCAGUUUACCAAACGACGCUAGUUCUUCUGCACCAGUACUUCAACGAAAAGUACGCCGCCGCUAAUGCACUAUCGUCAACCGGUGCGCUAGCCGGAGGAAUCGUUCUCCCUCUUGUGACGUCGUACCUACUUAUUGCAUACGACGUAGAUGGCGCUUUAUUAUGCCUGGGUGCCAUCUGUUUGCACUUUGUUGUAGUUGCUGCAUUACUAAGGCCGAAUGUAGGUGUGCCGAUGGUUGAGGAAGAAACCAGCAAGCAUGGAGAAUGCACGGUGUCUUUGAGUUUAGGCUCUCCUGAUAAAAACAUCCCGAUACAAGGAGCAGCAGCUUAUCUUGGGUGUAAGAUUAAACGAUUUGUUCGCUGGCUUGGGGAGGUAACCGAUUUAAGGACACUGCAGGCAGAGAAAACAUACUGCUUGUUGAUUCUCCCGUCCCUCUUUCUACAUCAAAUCACCUUCGUCGGUUGGGCAAUGUUUAUGGUCCCUUGUGUGACGUCAUACGGAAUCGCAGCGACUCGAGCAGCUUACUUCCCACUCACGGGAUCAUGUGGAGGUCUCGUCGGGCGUAUCGUCUAUGGUGCCAUCCUCUACCUCCGCCCGAAGUGGGGGAAGCGGUCUGUAGUAACAGCACUCAGCAUUUCCUCGUUGAGCUUAUUCAGUUUUGCCUUCUUGCAGAGCAAAUCAUUUCAGUUUGUUUCAACCUUCUUCGCUGGUUUUGGUCUGUACGCAACGUUUUCUUCAUUCUCUGCAGUCCUGAACAAUUCUGUUGCCAAAGAGAAUUUUUCUGGGAUACUAUCAGUCAUGUCCUUCGUUAGGGGGAUUGGUGUGGCGACUGGAAGUUAUGUAACAGGUCUCAUCUUUGAAAUAACUGGUUCAUUCGCUGUGGCAUUCAAGGUCCUAGCCUUCCUGGAAACCGCAGCCAUCAUACUGAUUACCAUCUUCGCCAUCCUACAGAAAAGAAAACAAGCUUCUUCUCACACUUGAGACUUCCUCGCGAAUAUGAUAUUUUUUUUUCGUAACAUGCAAUUAAGCUUGCCGUGGAUUCAUGA